UAAGGUAAGUUUUUACCAGUGAUCAGAUAUUCUGGUAACAACCAUCGACUUACUGCGCCUAUCGAUAUUGUGACUGUUAUCUUGCUCUAUAUUAUGAACAGCUUUAGUUCGAGUGUACUUGGGCACUUUUGACCACAGUUGUUCAGUGACUCAGACGUGCAUGUGACAGGUAGGCUCAAUAAAUCUUCCCCCCCCCCCCCCACCCCACUCAAAGCAGCGCAGGGACUGAAGUGAGUGUGCCAAUAAUAACGAGCUAAAGUGUCAGGGCGGCUCUUCUCUAAGAACCAGUGAUCACUUGUGGCUGGGCUGACGGGAGAGCCCGCGAACUCUUCGCAAGGGCAAAGCGAGCAGGAGUUCAGCCCCGCGUGGAGCAUCCCAGAGGCUUCCGUGAGACGGACUUCCCCGGUGCCCGGUGAGUUCCUGCGAGCCAGUGACGUGCACGGAGCCACUGCAACUCGCCUGCAAAAUCACAGCGGGCUGACUGAGGUGGGGAGCGAGCACCAAGCUGCAGGAAAAUGUAUUGUCUGGGAUUUGGGAAUGACAGAAGCGGCUGCAAGGGACAUUGAGCGGCGAACACCAUGGACACAGCAGAGGUGAUCCUAUCGCUCUUCCUGGGAAUUCUGAUGGUCGUGUCGUUGCUGUCCAAUGUCCUGGUGCUGAUCUGCUUUCUGUCCAGUGCUGAAAUCCGGAAACAGGUCCCUGGGAUGUUCAUCAUUAAUUUGACUCUCAGUAACUUGUUGACGACUGUGCUGAACAUGCCGUUGACUUUAGUGGGGAUCAUCAAUAAGGAGCAGCCGGGAGCUGACUCCGUCUGCCGACUGGUCGGCUUUUUGGAGACUUUUCUGGUAACCAACUCCAUGCUAAGCAUGGCUGCUCUCAGUACGGAUCGAUGGAUUGCGGUGGUUUUCCCUUUAAGUUACAAUUCCAAGAUGCGUUACAAGGACGCUGCCAUCAUGCUGGGUUACACGUGGUUUCACUCUCUGUCCUUUCCUAUUGUGGCAAUCUGUUUAUCCUGGGUCGGAUACAGCCACCUAUACGCCUCCUGCACUCUCUGCCAGACCCGAACUGACGAUCAGACCCAAUUUGUGGUUUUUACGGUAGUUUUUCACGCCCUCAGUUUUCUCCUUUCGUUAAUAGUGCUAUGUUUCACCUAUCUGAAAGUGCUGAAAGUGGCGCGAUUUCACUGCAAGCGGAUAGAUGUAAUCACCAUGCAAACGCUAGUGUUACUGGUGGACAUUCAUCCAAGUGUAAGACAACGCUGCCUGGAAGAACAGAAACGGCGAAGACAGAGAGCAACAAAGAAGAUCAGUACUUUCAUCGGUACCUUUAUACUCUGCUUUGCACCUUAUGUCAUUACGAGGCUGGUGGAAUUGGCUGUGUCAACACCAAUCAAUCCAUACUGGGGAAUUCUUUCCAAAUGUUUGGCUUAUGGCAAGGCUGUUUCAGACCCCUUUGUAUACUCUCUGCUGCGUCAUCAAUACAAGAAGACAUGGAUGGACAUUAUUAAUAGACUGCUUAAACGAAGCUCUUUAAACUCCUCGGCACUAACAGGUGAAACACCAAACAGCAAUUUUGUACAAACAACUGAAUGAAAUAAACUUUGCAAACAAAGUUUGACAGAUAUGUGCAUUUGGGAUUUUUAUUGGAAUAUGUGCCCGAUGGAAUUUUUGACUUUAUUCUGCUUUCUACUACUUUAGACAAUUAUUUUCGUUAAUGUUUAAAGGAAAAUUCUCACAGCUCACCUUUACACUUUUGUAACUAUGAUUGAUAUUUGGUUCUUUUCUCAGGUGGACGUGGAUGAUUAGUGAGCACUUUCAGUGAGGUCCUGUAAAUUCACAAGUAAAGUCACCUUGUAAUUUCUGUGGGAAGGUGUAGAAUUGCCGGAACUGAAAAUAACACGAGCUGAAACACAUUAAUUGCAGGAUAAUCAUUAAUUGUCAACCAAUUGAGGGGCAACAUUUUGAAUUCAAUCUCAACUAAUUCUGAUAUCAAUAACCAUCACUGAUUGUGUCUCUUUUUUUAAUUCAAAGCUGUAUCCAUUUGAGUCAUCAAAUGCAAAUAACAUGGAGAACUAUUAUUAGAGAAAUAAAAAAAAUAGAGAAUGCUAGAAAUGUGGGCUUACCAGCAUUUUUGGACAUAGAAAAGAUUAACAUUUAAAGUCAAUGACCUUUCUCCACAGAUACUGCCAGACCCACUAAGUAUUUCCAGCAUUUUCUGUUUUUAUUUCAGAUGUCCAGCAACAGCAGUAUUUUGAUUUUCUAAUAUUAGAAAAUAUUAGUAUUAGAGAUAAUAAUAUCAGGGAAUAACUUCCUUUGAUCUUAUUAUCUCAGCAACGAACACCAGUCUUUAUUGAUAUUAUCACCAAGUUUUUAUCUUUCUUAGCAUCUUUAUCCAUUUUUAAUAAACCCUAUUAAUAUUGUUUUCUAUCAUAGGCACUGUUGAAUAUUUUCAGGUAUCUCAUGAAAGGAGAUGGUGAAUA